AUGUCGCACACGAAAGAAGGCCACAAGUACGACAAGUCGGGGAUAUCGAAGGGUCUGAGAACUGAUGCUGUUGUUUCAAGCACAUCUAAUCCAAGGGACAACUACGAUGCCAUUGUGAUCGGAGGUGGAUUCUGUGGUCUUGUUGCUGCUCGUAACCUGUCCUUGAACCGUGACCUGAAAGUACUGCUUCUGGAAGCUCGCGAUCGCAUUGGAGGCCGCACAUGGACAGCGAAGGAAUGGGGAGAAGACCUUGAAAUGGGGGGCACAUAUGUGCAUUGGCAUCAACCCCAUUUCUACGCUGAAAUGCAUCGACACGGCCUGGAGAAGCACAUUAAGACCUCAGCUGGAACAACACACAUGGAAUACGUGUUAUAUAAGCCAGAAGGAUCAAGCGUGCAAAAAAUAGACGACGUCGCUGGAUACAACGCGAAGCUCGCGAAAAUCGCCGAGCAAUUCUUCAGCAUCGACGGCUUGACUCCACGCCAGGUGAUGCCUUACCCACACGAACCUUUGCGACCUCAGCCAUGGCAUAAACACGACCACCUAAGCUGUCAAGACCGACUCAACCAGCUAGACUUGCCGCAAUCUGACAAAGAUCUUUUUGUUCCCCAUACAAACUCCUUCGGCAGUUGCAAUGCUCAAGACCUAGCGUGGACAGAUGCGUUGCGAUGGUAUGCUGCUGGUGGCUAUAGCCUCCCAACAAUGUACGAUGCAGUUGGUUGCUUUAAACUAGGUGGCGGAGGUACGACAAACAUGUGCCGUCACAUAUUAGCAGAGUAUCAAGGCGACAGGGUUUUCAACAAGGCGGUCAAUUCCAUCAAGCAGACCAAAGACUCGAAAAAGGUCGUCGUUUCUUGUGCGGAUGGAUCUGCUUACAGCGCGAAACGGGUUGUUUGCACCAUUCCACUCAACUGCUUGGGCGACAUUACGUUUGAGCCUCCACUAGCACCUGCGAAGCAAAAUGCAGUUCAAGACGGCCAUAUCAACACUGGCGAGAAGUAUGUCGUCUCACUGGAUGAGGUGCAAGGAAAUUGGUUCACAAACACUUCCGAUUCUAAAGACAGUAGUUUCCUUUUCGGAAUCAAGGAUCACGAUGGCACACCAUCAGCAAACCGACCGGGCACAUAUGUUCUAAUGUUUGGCCAAAACGGAAAACUUCAAGACCCCACAAAUAGCGAUGAGAUCAUUUCUGAAUUCAAAAAACUGCAGCCUAAUGGCAAUGUGCGGGGAUACGUGUCGCACACGUGGUCGAACGAUCCAUAUGCCAAAGGCGCGUGGUUCGCUGCUGGUCCUGGUUGGGCGACGAAACAUCUAAAGGCGCUUCAGGAGCCCCAUGGCCGUGUGUUCAUGGCGAGCGCGGACUGGGCUCAGGGCUGGAGAGGUUUUAUCGAUGGUGCUAUUGAGCAAGGUGCGAGGGCAGCUGUGAUCACCAAGUUGGCGCUUGAACAGGAGAAUGGGGGUGUGGAUGCUAAGCUCUAG